CCUUGCAGUCCAGAACCCGCGGAACACAUACCCAUAUUGAAGCAUUACACGAACCACGCUGGACCCGCAUGGUUCCUUCUCACCGAACACCCACCCUCUCCAGACUCCCACGCUAAGAAGUCCGCAUAGGCCAGGAAGCCAUUCUCCCUUGCAAGAUUGUGACAUCUCACGCCGCCGUUGAGAAGGCCCAUGGAUUCCGUCAGUGCCGUCACAUCCUAUCUGCAACGUCUCAACCUCCGGGAUCAUGAUGUCUACCUCGCCGCCACGACUGCCGUGCUACUCAUUUCUGCGGCUGUUGUCGCGAGACGCGAGACGCAGACACGCCCAGUGAUCUACCGCGCGCCUCGACCUCAAUCUUCGGUUACUGAGCAGAAUGCGAAUACUCUGGUUCCGUACCCGCGAGACUGCAUGCCUGGCGGCCGAGACGUCGAUACGCCACAUGGGGGGGUACGAGUCUAUGAAUGGGGUCCGCGAGACGGCCGGAAAGUGCUCUUCAUUCACGGGAUCAGCACGCCUUGUAUUGCUCUUGCACCGAUGGCGAAACUGCUAUCUGCGGAGGGUUGUCGAGUGAUGCUGUUCGACAUGUGGGGCAGAGGGUACUCAGAUGCACCGGAUCCGAAGAUUUACAGGCAGGACAUUGGUCUGUUCAGCUCUCAGGUGUUCUCCGUGCUGGCAAGUUCGCCGCUCGAUUGGUGUGGCGACGGCUUUGCUCUGGUAGGAUAUUCGCUCGGCGGUGGCAUAGCUGCGUCCUUUGCGAGCUAUUAUCCGUUGCUGGUGCGAAGUCUCGUGUUGUUGGCACCGGGAGGACUGAUCGAUCCAAAGAGAAUGAGCGUGAGUAGUCAUUUACUUUACGGCGGACUAUUGCCAGAUUGGAUGGUGAACUCCAUUGUCCGUUGGAUCUCGAUCUUUGAUGGUAGGCCAAAAGUCUCACCUGACACUGCUGUCGCCUGGCAGGUCGAUGCUCAUCCUGGUUUCCUCCCGUCUUUCGUAUCGUCCUUGAAGCAUGGUCCGAUCUACGAUGUUCAUGACCGGUAUCGAGUUCUUGGCGAGCAGUGCGAAGCUGUACGCGCAGGUCUGGACGAGGAGCAAGACACUGCUGGACUGAGAGAAGGCAGGGUGCUCUUGAUUGUGGGCGUCCAGGACACGGUCAUCUUGCCCGAUGAGACAGCGGAUGCUGCUGUUCAGGCGAUUGGAGUGGCCAACAUUGAAGUUCUCAAACUGAAAGGCGGGCAUGACUUGCCUAUUGCCAACACUCAAGGCUGCGUGGAUGCAAUCGUGGAGUUCUGGGAAGGCUUUUGA